AUGGACGUAACGGCAACUCACAUGUGGACGGACUCUCUAGUGACACUUUCGUGGAUCAGAUCUCAUGCAUCACGCUGGAAGGAUUUUGUUAGGAGCAGGGUGGCUCAAAUUCAAGAACUCACUCCAGCUGCUCACUGGAGAUACAUACCUGGAACUUCCAAUCCGGCUGAUUGCGCAUCACGAGGCCUCACGACUGCUCAAUUUCAAGGUCAAUCACUUUGGUGGACGGGACCACCAUGGAUACUCAACCCAAACUCAUGGCCGUCGCAACCUGCACUCUCUGAAGAAUUGAGUGCAACAGAAGCUCGCCCAGGCGUUUCGCCAUUGACGAUUCGUCUCACGGUUGAGGAAAGUCCACGACUCAUUGCCUGUCACAUCUCUCCAGAGACCUUGGAGAAAGCGAGGCUCUUCUGGAUUCAGGCAGCUCAAGCAACGCACUUCUCUCACGAGCUCAAGGCGCUACAAGCAGUCUCACCGUUGGCAAAGGCACACUCAUUCAACCGAUCAACUGCGUACAUCGACGCUCAAGGAGUCAUUCGCGUCGGCGGACGCCUCGCUCACGCAGCUCUCUCACUCGAUGCGACACAUCCUGUAAUAUUGCCUCGUCACUCUCAGCUGUCGUCAUUGAUCAUCGCUCACGCUCAUCAACGGACUCUACAUGGAGGCACGCAGCUUACGCUGUCACACAUCCGACAACAAUACUGGAUUCUCGGCGGGAGGGCUCCUGUCAAGUCUCACAUCCUGCGGUGUGUCACGUGUGCUCGGCAGAGGGGGAUCCGUGCUCAUCAAUGGAUGGGCCAACUACCUCUCUCUCGGGUUACGCAGGCACGACCGUUCACUCAUACAGGCGUGGACUACGCAGGGCCACUCACCGUCAAAACAUGGAAAAGAAGAGGUGCCAAGACCACUAAAGACUGGAUUUACGUUUUUGUCUGCUUCUCAACUUCAGCAGUACACCUCGGGGCGGUUAGUGAUUACUCAUCCGAAGGGUUCAUUGCCGCCUAUCGACGCUUCUCAUCCAGACGCGGCAUCGCUCACACCUUACAAUCAGACUGCGGCACCAAUUUCAUCGGCGCGGAUACGGCUCUCAAACGGCUCUUUAUCCAGAGCACUCAAGACCAUCAGCGAGUUUCUCACCUGCUCUCGCAAGAUAACAACCGAUGGGAAUUCAAUCCCCCAGCGACACCUCACAUGGGAGGAAAAUGGGAGGCCGUCGUGAAACCAAUCAAAUUCCAUCUACGGCGCACUAUUGGAGAAAGCGUACUCACCUUCGAGGAACUCACCACAUUGCUCACUCAAAUUGAGGAAGUCCGCUCACCACCAUACCAGAGUCAUCACUCACCGACCUGGCAAUCUCAAGACUCUCACGAUAGCAACUCAUCCAGCAAAAGGUACAACAUUUUUGGACACAAUGGUCAGCGCAUUACCGACAACGUCAACAGGUCAUCUCAAGGUGGCAUCACAGGAACAAUGAGAUCAAGAUCGGAUCAUUGGUGCUCAUCACAGACGGGCGGCUGCCACCAUGCAAUUCAGCCCGGAU